GGAGCGCAAGGGCUGCUGGUACUCGGCUGUCAUGGCUCCGAACAUAAACAGAAAGCUCUGAUUAACGACACAUUCUGUCCCAGUAUUUAGCCAAAUUAACCACAGCUACAUUUUAAGUGUAAUUACCCGCCGAAGAAAGAAGUGACAGGUACUUUACAAGGUUCAAGUAGCUACAGAGUCUCUUACAUUUACUUUAUUUCCCCUUAAUGUUUAGUGUUUAUGCUAGCUAGCUAGCUGCUAUCCUCAAAAGCAUGACAGCGUGAUACUCGUGUUUUCCCUCUUGGCUGCCACACAAACCUCAAGACAACAACUACAGCAACAAGUGUUAAGAAAUUGUCCAAAACAAAUGUCUGUUUCACAGGGAAUAACAUGUCCGGGGGAAACAAAGCCAUUGAGUUACAGCUUCAGAUGCGGCACAAUGCGGAGGACAUGCACAGCUUCAUGAAGGAGCUGGAGAGCUGGGAGACCGACAUAAAGAAGAAGGACGAGGAGCUGAAGACGGGAGGACUUCAGGAGGUCCAGAAGAAGCUCCCACCUGUGCGCAACAAAGACUACAAAACAAAGAUGAGGGAAAAGAAGAAGAAGAAGAAGAAGGAGCCGACAGGCAAUGGAGAUGCAAAGGGAGACGAGUCCCACGAAGCCUCAAGGAUAAAAGCAUACGACUACCGAUCAUGGGACAAGUUCGAUGUGGACAAGGCUCUGUCGGAGAUGGAUAAGGAGGAAAGUCCUGCAGAGUCAAACGAGUCAGACUCUGAGGAAGUUGAUCGAGAGAAAGCGCUGGCCGAGAAAGAAAAGGGUAACACUUUUUUCAAAGACGGGAAGUACGACGAAGCCAUUGAGUGUUACACCAGAGGGAUGGAUGCAGAUCCUUACAACCCUGUGCUUCCAACAAACCGAGCCACCUCCUUCUUCAGACUCAAAAAGUAUGCUGUGGCAGAGUCCGACUGCAACUUGGCGAUAGCUCUGGACAGCAACUAUUUCAAAGCGUAUGCACGAAGAGGAGCAGCACGGUUUGCACUGGAGAAAUAUGAAUCCGCGUUAGAAGAUUAUGAGAUAGUUCUCAAGCUUGACCCUGGGAACUUGGAAGCACAGAAUGAAAUGAAAAAAAUCAAAGAGAUCCUCGGACAUCAGACACCGGCCAUCACGAGCGAAGCCACACAGCCGCAGGAGGCUCCCACAGAGGACCCCAAGCAGCAGAGACUGAUGGAGGAGCAGCAGAGACUGAUGGAGGAGCAACAGAGACGACAGGAAGCGGUUAUACAGAAGGACAGAGGGAAUGCAUAUUUCAAAGAGGGGAAGUAUGAAGCAGCUGUUGAGUGCUACAGCAGAGGCAUGGAGGCGGAUAGCAUGAACGUCUUACUGCCCGCCAACAGAGCCAUGGCCUUCCUCAAGCUGGAGAAGUACAAGGAGGCAGAGGAGGACUGCACCAAAGCCAUUUCUCUGGACAGUACUUACUCCAAGGCUCUCGCCCGUCGUGCCACAGCCAGGGUGGCUUUAGGGAAACUGCAGGAGGCCAAACAAGAUUUCCAGGAGGUGUUGAAACUAGAACCAGGGAACAAACAAGCCCUGAAUGAGCUCCAGAAACUCCAGAUUGAUGAGGGUUCCAGCGGCCUUCUACGAACAGCAGACAGCAUGCAGAGGAGAACAGUCCAGCCCAUAGACAAACCAACACAUCUGCAGUCAUCUAAACCACUGAGGAGGAUUGAUAUUGAGGAAGUGAGUGGAAAGGUGUCAGUGUCUGAAGUGGACUCAGGUGGGUCCAAGUCCUUCGUCCAGGAAGUGGAGAGGGAGGCUGAGGACGAGACCUCUCCACUGUCGACAUCACCCAGUGCCAAGAUGAUCAAGAUCGAAGAGAUAGCGGAAGUCCCUUCACACUCAUCUGACGGAGUUCCCUCGAGCAGACAGACCGAACAACCAGUGCAGCAGGAAAUCGCUCAUCCUCCGGAACCAUCAACCAGCCCUUCCCCGCCAGUCAUAGACCUUCCUCCUCCGCCCACCAACAGCUUCCAGCUGGAGGCCGACCUCCGCAAGAUCGGAAAGCAGCCUGAAGUGAUUUACAGAUAUCUGAGGCAAAUCAAGCCCGACGCGUACGUAAACAUUUUCCACCACUCCCUUGAACCUGACAUUCUCAACCAGAUCCUGAGGAUUCUGCAUUGUUUCUAUAUCAAGAAUGAAGCCCCCACCACCACGCUGGAGAUCCUCAAGAGUCUAGCAAGUGUGAGACGCUUCGACAUGGCUGUCAUGUUCAUGUCGUCCCCGGAGAAGAAAGUGCUUAAAGAAGUGUUUGACUUCCUCCACCAAGCUGAGCUGGAAGGAUCAGCUGUCACAGCCUUGCAGAAGAAGUACGGACUGUGAGGCUUGGAUUUGAGGCAAAGCUAUAGAUUUUAAAUUUGUGCUGCAUUGUUUUCAAAGCCAACAGAACAAUGUAGAUAUAUUCUAAUACUGAAUAAACUUUCAUAAAAAUUCACUUUCUCUAAUUUGGACUGCUGUAUUAUGGCCCUUUAUCUGUGGAAUAGGAUGCCAUCUUCUUCCUCUAUUCAUGAUGGUGCUUUUAUUGAAAGUUGGGAGUUGGAAAUUUACACAUUUUAAAUUGUAAUUCUGAUGCCUUUUAGUGUUCAAGCUCAUAAAAACACGUAUUUCCAGUGUAGAAUCCUGUUCCCUGUGCAACAGCUAAUGUCAUCAUUGAUACUCUCUGUAUUUAACCAUUUACUGCACAGCUGUUUCUAUCAAUCUAUUAGCAUGCAUUCUGAGAAAUAGUUGUAUAGUCUAUAAGUGUAGGAUUAUGCACAUCCAAUGUAUUUGGGCUCAGAUGCUGCAUAAAGGCAAACUAUAGAGACGGUGGAAAAGGACCUGUAUGCUGAAAUCAGCUGAAAUUGACACUUGAAGCUCAGAUUGCAGCAGAUAUUUUACUUGGAUACUCUGGGAUCAUAAAUGUAUCGUCGAGUUAAAAUAGAUUCAGACGUUCUAUGAGAGGGAAUUGUGAAUUUCCGACUUUCCAAUUAAUCUUGAAUGCAAGGUAAAGCUAUGGAUCGGUCUCUGUGAGCACUCCGCCCUGUUUGAAUCUUCCUCCCGUUCUCAAGUAAAUCCUGAUGCUGCAUUGGCUAAACCGGGUUAGACUAUAUAGCGAUGGAGGUGUUCAGUUGGAGUCACAAGUGUUACUCUGAACUAGAAAUAAAAUUGUAUUUUGCCA